GCUGGAUCGGAUGGUAGUGAAAAAACUCACACAUGCUUUGAACAGUGCCGGCGCCAGAACAGAUCUGGUAUGAGGACGGGGUGGGGUUGGCAACAGUAAAAGGGAGCACUGGUUCAUUUGUUUAACAUCAGAUUGAAAUUACACGAGCGAGAUGAAUCAAUCAGCUGUCCAAAUCAGCGACGUAUCCAGCCACAGCGCUCAGAGAGGUGGUGAUGUUUGUCCCUGAUCGAGUUGCCUGCCUGCUAACUGAUGUCACAUCCAGGACACGUGCUGUAAAUGCAUUGCACCUGGGGGGUUUUGAGGCUGGAGCCACGAAGCCAUCAGCUGCUGCUUGCUCUAGCUUCCUUCUGCCAUUGGCUUGGGGACAUAAAGAUAUCAGACUUGAUGGAGCAGCAAUGACAUGGACUGCCCACACUCACCAGCAAACCGGUCAGCUCCCCCAGCCAUCUUAGAGGAAGACAAGAGAGAGGAAGAGAUGAAGCCAGGGCAUGAGCAACUGAAGGAUGCUAUUGGGAAGGAGGACUUGGAGAUGCUGAAAGAGCCCUACCAGGGCUUGGAGAACCUGUGCUGGAGUCUGAGGGCCGUGGAACAGGCCGUGUACCUCAGUCUGCCUGCAUGGAUACAGGGAGCAUUGCUAUGCAACCUUGUAGCACCUCUGGGUCUAGCUGGGAUCCACAACAGCUUCCCAGCACGGCUCCUGUCCUACAUGCUUCUCCCCUACAUGCUUCCAGCCACCAUCUUCAUCUUUGCCAGCCACAGUGUGUUUGUGCGUGCUUGGAGGUGGGUCUCCCUCCCUUUUAGGAUACUCUGGCGGCUGAGUAAGCUUCCAGAAUGUGCCCUUUGCCUGUGGCGGAGCCUAAGGCAGACUGUCCCGAAUGCAAUCAAUGUCGCCUCCUCCUGUUUGCAUGGGCUGCGGGUCCCAGUUCCCUGUGCCAUAGAUCCAAGCGUCCUGGCAGAGCAGGAACAUUCUGACCAGACCAACCUGGUGGGUCAGCGGUCCUUGCUGCACAUGCAGCUCUCCACACCUGGCCUCCACACUCCUGUUCACCCCAUCACUGAUACCAUAAGCUACUCCUUUCUCUUCAACCUGGCCCUGGGGGUGGGUGGUCAGCCAAAUACCCCCCUCCUGCCAAACACCAGGCCCAUUCUCUUGGAGGUGGAGUUUAACUCAGACGUUGAGGUAGAAGCAGAGAUAAUGGGGAAUGGGGGACAGCCAGGUUAUGGCACUUCUCCACGCGUCUCCUUCUUGGAGCUGGAGAAUGUUUAUGAUGAGAGGGGGACCACUGCAGAUGAAGGCGAGGAAAAGCCCUAGGAGCUACAUCAUCCUGCACCAACUGGAUGGUGUCACCAUUGAGUAGACAUGAGCUUGGCGGUCUGCAGGAGAUGUUUCUGACGGUGACGAAGGCAAGGUGAACCAGCCGCACCCAAAGAGCAACGCGAAUUAUCAGCCCCUCCCUUUAGCCAGCCGCUUCUCCAGUAUUUGGCCACCUGCUGUGAGAUAUAGUGGGACAGCUCCAGCAAAGGUCAUGUGAUUACACAAAGACAGGUCAUGUGACCACAGUGCCUGUGCAAUGAUGGUGACCCCACUGCUUCUAAGAGCUCUCAAUAAAAGCACCAUGACAAAAAGU